AUGCCGCACACGAACCGCAAGAAGAAGACGCCCGCGGGCAUGAAGUCUGUAACGGACCAGAAUCGGAAGCAGAUCAUCGUUCAUACCAAGCGGAAGGAGGUGCUGGAUGACGAGGGAUGGACACAUGUUGUGGACAAGCCCAGUCGCCAACGGGCAUCAUCCGUCACAGAGUCAAAAGAUGCUGGCAAAUACUGGUCCAUUGGCGCGGAUUUCAAGGUUGGUGAUGCGUAUUAUAUCAAUCGGACAAUAGAGGAAAUCCAGGAGGAAUUUACACAUAGCAAGAAGGCUUGGGAAGGGAGCCCGGCUUGCGCCUCGCUAAAGGCAUUGCUGGACGAGAAAAUGAAGGCGGACAGCAACACCAAGAAGAUCUCGAGAGUGGUAGCACUUGGUCUAGGGAGUUUGCAGAGUUCGAGAACCCAAUCGCGGAAAACGUCGUUCACACAAAUGGCUGCUUUAGAAACAAUAUUGCAGAUUAUGGCCAAGGAAGAGACGAUUUCGAUGAUAUUCCAAGACCCUGUUUUCACCGAUCUAGAUAAGGAGUUUUUGGUGACUCUUGGCCACCAGGUCGUCGAAGAUCCUGCCGCAUUCGAUCAAAUUGAUGAGAACACCCUGGUUUACGCUAUACACUGUUAUUCUGAUGUAUAUCAGAAGGUCAGUCAGGCUCCAAAACCGGCUGUCUUAGUUAGUACAGACGUGGAAUUGUUUGACAGGACGAGCUUGGAUGGCGAGAAAGGAGAUGUUAAAUCUCUAGGCGCCAUGGUCGAAAGUUAUGAGGCAAUCCCAUUUCCUCAAAUCCGGCACGAUUUCUCGGAUACCAAGAUAUACUGGCCGAAGAAUGUGGAAAGUGGAAACCCUUGA